AUGAAUAUAGAUACAGAGUCGAUAGCUGGCUAUGCCAUCAUCAAGGAGGAUGAGAGUAAUUAUUCAUCAGAACCACAUCCUUCCAGAUCAUGUCAUCCUUUAGACCAAUUAUCUAUCCACGAAAUUCCGCGGGCUGCCCGUUUGAUUCGGGAACAUCUACAUCCUAUGAAAAUCAAGUUCAACUGCAUAACGCUACGAGAACCCAGAAAGCUGGAGUAUAAGGCCUGGCAAGAUGGGACAGGUCCUAAACCUCCUCGCCGAGCUUUCGCCAUCGUCCUGGAACUUGUCACAGCAAAGGUCAGCGAAGUCGUCCUAAAUCUCAACACCAGCCAAGUGGAGGAUACUAAGGUCAUUAACGAAGUCAUGCCGACUCUGACCCUUGAGGACCUUGAUGUCUGUGAGCGGGUUUGCCGGGAAGACGAUGGCGUGAUUGAAGCCUGUCGCGAGAUCGGCAUUAUCGACAUGUCCAAAGUAUUCAUUGAUGCUUGGGCAAUUGGAGUGGAUAACCGAUGGGGAUUCGAGACCCGUCUGCAACAAGGUCUGGCCUAUUAUCGCAAGUCCGAGUUCGACAACCAAUACGCGCAUCCUCUUGACUUCACUGUGGUCGUGGACACCGAGCGGGAAAAGGUUUUGAGCGUCGACAUCCGCCGCGUCAAUGGAGAGCGGGUUCCCAUGCCCUUCGAUGACCACAACUACCUCCCAGAGUUCAUCAGUGAUUCUUAUAACCAUGACCUCCUCAAGCCCAUCGAAAUCACGCAGCCUAAGGGUGUCUCAUUCGCUAUGCGCGGCAACGAGCUCUCAUGGGCAGGCUUCAGCAUGCAUAUUGGCUUCAAUUUCCGCGAGGGAAUCGUUCUAUCUGAUGUGAAAGUCUUCGAUCAGAUUCAAAAGCGCGAGCGAAAAAUGUUCAACCGAAUCUCCGUGGUGGAAAUGAUCGUCCCAUACGGCUGUCCGGAAGACCCGCAUCACAAGAAGCACGCUUUCGAUGUGGGCGAGUAUGGUACUGGUCUUAUGACGAACCCCCUGGCUCUUGGUUGUGAUUGCAAAGGCGCAAUCCACUACCUGGAUGCAAUCGUCAGCACCGACUACCGCGACGGCAAGGUCGUUUCAGCUCGAGACCGCAAACUCAUCAUCUCCCAAAUCAUCACUGCCGCUAACUACGAAUAUUGUUUCUACCAUACGUUCCACCUGGACGGUACAUAUAAGCUCGAAGUCAAGCUGACAGGUAUGCUCAAUACCUACGUCCUGCACGACUCGGAGACAGCUGCGCCAUUUGGUACCGAAGUGGCCAAGCGUCUCACCGCACAUAACCACCAGCACAUCUUUUCUCUAAGAAUCGAUCCAGAAAUCGAUGGCCCCAAGAACACGGUCGUGCAGUCGGACGCUGUUGCCUCUGAUGAUCCGGUCGGUAGUCCUGCCAACCUCUACGGCAACGCGUUCUACUCCAAGAAGACGCCGCUGAAAACUAGCACCCAAGGUGCGGUAGACUAUUGCCACGAAACCUCCCGUACGUGGGACAUUGUCAACCCCAGCAUUCAACACCCCUUCGCCAAAAAGCCCAUCGGCUACAAGAUCAUCUCACGCGAAUCGCCGAGCCUGCUCUCCAAACCGGGGUCCGUGGUGUACAAACGCGGUGGCUUUGCACGCAAAACGCUCUGGGUGACCCCCUAUCGGGAUUACGAGCUAUUCCCUGCUGGUGACUACGUCUGCCAAUCGACAGGCGAGGACGGCCACCCGCAGAACAGCACCGUGGUCGAUUGGGCGGCGCGGGAUGAGAACAUCGAGAACACUGACAUCGUGUGCUACCUGCAGUUUGGCCUAACACAUUUCCCGCGUGCUGAAGACUUCCCCAUCAUGCCCGGCGAGCCCGUCAGCAUCAUGCUGCGCGCCUCCAACUUCUUCGACCGCAAUCCGGCCUUGUGGGUGCCUCCUUCCGAGCUCAAGGGAAAGACGUGUGACACCUCGUCGCGAUAUGCUGUGUUCCCGAAGGUUGGGAAGGCAUUGGAUCCUACAUGUUGUGGGACCGCAGGGGCACCAUCGAAACUGUAG